AUGGAAUCGUGUUCUGAUCGUCUAAGUCCAUCCAGUGACCUGACCAGUGAGUCGGAGACAUCGCUGCCAUCUUUUCCGUACGAGCAAAAUAAUUUCUACACACAAUCAGACAUUAAUGAAAAACAAUACUUUUCAUGCAAACAAAAAUCACCCCGAAUGGACGAAAGAAAGGACUAUUUACAGGAAAGCAACAAAAACUCUUUCGAGAACUAUCUGUCACCCCGAAGCAAAAAAUAUUUAAACUUCGAACUAAAAUUGCCGCCUAUCAACGAUAAUUUUUUUUCGCAAAUCGACAAUGACGAACGUCGUACAGCCUAUUUCAAUGAUACGAUGAAAAAUGUUCAAAAUGAAAAUAAUCCUAUGGUUGAAAUAGAUAUUAAUAAUUUUGAAAACGUUGUAAACGAAAGGGAACGGCAAUAUUUUGCGGAUAGCGACAACAAUAUGCGUAGAUGUUUAAAUUUUAAUGCAGAGCAAGUGCAGUGUGUGUGUGAGGCUUUACAGCAAAAAGGUGAUAUUGAAAAGCUUGCAGCGUUUUUAUGGAGCUUGCCCACUACUGAGCUGUUACGAGGGAAUGAAACUGUCCUAAGGGCUCGAGCAUUAGUAGCAUAUCAUCAUGGGGUUUUUCAAGAGUUAUACGCAAUUUUGGAAAAGCAUUCCUUCCCGCCGCGACACCACACAACGCUGCAGACGCUGUGGUUCAAGGCACAUUAUAAAGAAGCUGAGAAAGUUAGAGGACGCGCUUUAGGUGCGGUAGAUAAAUAUAGGCUUAGAAAAAAGUAUCCUUUGCCUAAAACAAUUUGGGAUGGUGAAGAAACAGUUUAUUGUUUUAAAGAGAAAAGCAGGAAUGCUUUAAAAGACUGUUAUUAUAGGAAUAGGUAUCCAACCCCGGAUGAAAAACGGGCACUAGCCCAGAAAACCGGUCUAACACUAACUCAAGUAUCCAAUUGGUUUAAGAACAGACGGCAGAGGGAUAGGACUCCACAGCAACAGAAUAGAUCAGAGAUGUUGGUAUCUGCGCAGUAUGUCGGUUCUCAAGGCGGCUUAACACAGUCCUUCAUCCCCAAUGCAUAUUAUAAAUUACAAGACGCCACGCAUUAUUUGCAUGGAAAUACACCU